AUGGAUUUUAGGUUCCCAAUCAUUUCUCUACUCCUACAUUUUUUUCUAGUUAUUUCUUUGGUUUGUCCUAUUUAUUCUUUAGAAAUAAAUAGCAGCCGAUUAUUAAGUCAAACUUUUCGACAAGAGAAAAAUUUACACAAGUUAAAGAAGACAAUAACACUUCGUCUUCAACAAAUCAACAAGUCUGCUACAAAGACAAUCCAUAGCCCUGACGGUGAUAUUAUAGAUUGUGUUAUAUCUCAUAAACAACCAGCUUUUGACCAUCCUCUGUUGAAAGGACAUAAAUUAUUGAAUUCUCUAGAAAUCCCAAGAGAGCAUAACCAAACGGAAAUUUUGAGUGACAACUUUCAAUUGUGGAGUUUAUCUGGUGAAACAUGUCCUGAAGGAACAAUUCCAAUUAGAAGAACAAAAGAACAAGAAAUAUUGAAAGAUACACUCAAUAGUAAAUCUGAAAGAAAAUUCAAUAUUGUACAAAUGGACGCUACUAACAAUAGACACGAGUAUGCAAUUGGGACAGUGACUGGAGAUGCGUUCUAUGGAGCAACGGCUAACAUUAAUGUGUGGGCCCCACAUGUAGAAAGUAAUACAAGAGAAUUUAGCUUGUCUCAAAUAUGGGUCCUCGCUGGUACAUUUGGAAAAGACCUCAACUCUAUUGAAGCUGGUUGGCAGGUUUAUCCUUCGAUGUAUGGAGACAACCAACCUAGACUCUUUAUAUAUUGGACGAGUGAUGCAUAUAAAAAAACGGGGUGCUACAAUUUACAUUGUCCAGGAUUUGUUCAAACUAGCAAACAAAUAGUUGUUGGAGCUGCAAUUCGUCCUAUUUCUACCUAUAAUGGAAAACAAUUCGAAAUUAAGUUAUCGAUCUCGAAGGAUCCAAAAAAUGGGCAUUGGUGGCUUAAAUAUGGAUCAUCUGGACACGUAGUUGGAUAUUGGCCAUCCUCCUUGUUCACUCACUUAAAUGAUAAGGCAACUAUGAUUCAAUUCGGUGGAGAAAUAGUGAAUUCUAUAUCAAAAGGAUCUCAUACUUCCACCCAAAUGGGUAGUGGACAUUUUGCUGGAAAUGGUUUUGGAAAAGCUUCAUAUUUUAAACAUAUGCAAGUUAUGAAUUUUUAUAACAAACUGAUUCCAUUGCCAAAUCUACGAUUGUGGGCAGACAAACCAAAUUGUUAUAGCAUAAAAGCAGGGACUACUAAUACGAUGGGAAAUUAUAUUUACUACGGUGGACCUGGCAAAAGUGCCAAAUGUCCAUAAGAGAAUUGAAUAAUAUUUGAGAGGUCACAUUUAAGAUGUGUUAAUUUGGCCACGGUGGAAAAAUGUAUGUGAUGUUUAGUCAUAAGUUUUUUCG